CGGAUGGAUCUCGCUCGAGUGUCGGUGGUGCGGGCGGUGCAGCGGCCAGUUGGAUCAGUUGGCUGCUGACGGUACGGAACUGUUUAUAAACCUGGCAGUGUGCUCUCGCUACAACACCCUUUCUUCCGCCCUGGAACCCUCUCAGGCCGAGUCAUGGGGUUCCUUAGCUCGUCUCCUGUCCUCUUCUUACUCCUUGGAGGCUGUCUGGGCUUCGAUUUCAACAAGAACUCGGGCAGCUGCGAAAGGAUCACCAUUCCGAUGUGUAUCGGGAUCGGCUACAACAUGACUCGGAUGCCCAACCGUUUGGGACACACUUCUCAGACCGAAGCCGCCAUAAAAGUCCACGAGUGGUCGUCCCUGGUGCAGUACGAUUGUUCUGUGAACUUGAGGUUCUUUCUGUGCUCCCUGUACGCGCCUAUGUGCACCGAGCAGGUACCGGACAUUCCCAUCCCAGCCUGCCGGCCGAUGUGCGAGGAGGUCCGAGACGCCUGCUCGCCCAUCAUGGAGCAGUUCUCGUUCUCGUGGCCGGAGAAUCUCAACUGCGACACCCUUCCCGAGGAGAACGACCGCGAGAACUUGUGCAUGCUCGCCCCCAACACGUCGGAUUCCAAAGACUACAAACAACCCGAGGGAGACGGAGUGCUAGCCCCGCCACCCGCCGAGCGAAGCACGCCGAGCCCCCGGCAGAAGUGCCCGAACCCCGCCAAGUUUCUGUUCGUCGAAAAAUCGGGCGUCUGUGCCCCGAGGUGUAACGCAUCCAUCGACGUGUUCUUCAGUCGCCAGGACAAGGAAUUCGUCGAGAUCUGGAUGGGGAUAUGGUCCGUGGUCUGCGUGAUUUCCACUUCUGUCGUCAUCUUGACUUUCAUGAUUGACUCUCGAAGAUUCAGGUACCCCGAAAGACCCAUUAUCUUCAUGGCUGUGUGCUACUUCUUCUACUCCAUCGGGUUUAUCCUGCGCCUUGGACUUGGCCGAGAAACCAUCUCCUGCGACAUGGACCGAGGAGAGCCGUACUUGAUCCAGGAGGGGCUAGAAAGCACGGGCUGCACGAUUGUGUUCCUGAUCCUGUACUUUUUCGGCAUGGCCAGCUCCCUGUGGUGGGUCAUCCUCACCAUGACAUGGUUCCUGGCAGCAGGGCUGAAGUGGGGACAGGAGGCCAUCGAGGCACACAGCAGCUACUUCCACCUCGCAGCCUGGGCCGUGCCUGCGGUCAAGACCAUCGUGGUCUUGACGUUGAGACGCGUGGACGGCGACGAACUGACCGGACUCUGCUACGUCGGGAACCAGGACCAAACUGCGUUGACCUGGUUCGUGCUCGCGCCGCUUUUCACCUACCUGCUCUUGGGAACGUGUUUCAUCCUGGCUGGGUUCGUGAAUCUAUUCCGGAUAAGGAAAGUGAUGCGGCACGGCGGUAACAGUACGGAGAGACUAGAGAAACUCAUGAGUCGAAUCGGGAUCUUCUCUGUGUUCUACACUGUCCCAGCCACCUGCGUGGUCGCGUGUUACUUCUACGAACAGCAAAACAUGUCCACAUGGACCACGGCUGCCCAAGAAAUACCGUGUAACAACAACGUAGACUGUAGACUAUCCAGUUCCAUCCCUCUCGUAGCCGUGUACUGUGUGAAAAUAGCGUUUCUUCUACUCGUGGGAUGUUUCGGGACUUCUCUGUGGAUUUGCAGCAACAAGACCAUGGAGUCGUGGCAGAACUUUUGCAACCGGAGGUUCGGGGCGAAGAAAAAGUCGAACGUUUUGCUGUACCAUCAUCCACCUGGUAACGUCUCAGUAAAACAUCACGUCAGUCAUCACGCGAGUGGUUCAUCUAAAGGAGUGACUGUGCACACCGCAGUGUAACAUCAAAACCGGACAUUAUAGACUUGUUGUAAAGAGUAACAUCUAAACGGGACGUUACAGACUUGUCAAAGGGUGUAACAUCAAAACAGGGACAUUACCCAUUUGUUCAAGAGGCAAAAUAUAAAACUAAAAAGUAUUUAAAGUCUAUUUUUCGGUGGUAGCAAACGGGUUAUAAGAAGAUGUUGGAAGUGUGACAAAUGUAAAAAAUGAGCCAUAGUAUGUAACAAAGCUUUGUUAGACUUGUUAUGGAAGCAAAUUGUAAAAAGUAUAGUAUUUUAUUGUAAGUUAUAAAGUUGUAGCACUCUGCAUCUUUGGUGCUAUGAUGUAAAUUAUGUUGAGAUGUUAGGUAGAAAGAAGUGCAAAAUUGUAAGCCAUAAAAAAACAACAAAAAAGCCAGAUUAAUGUAUUGCAUGUAGUUACACCAAGGACAUUAUAUAACGUCCUUGGUUACACAGAGAUAGAUCAAGGACGUUGUAUAACGUCCUUUGGUAGAUUCAUUAUUCAGAUAUUCUCAUCUACAUCUGUUGCUUUCAGAGCUACAACAUUUGAAGGCCAUUGAUGUGAACCAAUUUAUACUGUUAGCAAUAACCUGGGAAGUAUUGAAGAAAUGGAAACCAGUUUUUGUCAAGAGCUUCUGUUCUUUUCUAGAUGUGGAAAAUUUGUUGGAAAGUCAUACCAGGAUGAUCAAUGUUUAUGUAAACACUUUGCCUAUGUUUGUUCAUGCUCUUGUGGUGUUGAUUUGUUUUGGCACACCACAAGGCCGGCAUUGUUGGAAAUGUAAAUAAUGCAACAAGCGUUUGACUUCAAAAGUUUCACAUGGCUCAGUCUGACUACUUUGGCUCUUGCCAAGUGUUUGUUGUUGUUGUUAAAAGAGCUGUCUUCAUAACAAUGUUGGGUCGGGCACUCUUAGAACAUUAACAGUCAUUAACUUCACCCAUCAUGUGACCUGAUAAUUCCACACCAGAAAUCCUGGGUAUAUACACACAGAGAUAUAAUGCAGCUUAGAAAUGGUUGGGUAGGGCUCAAACAUGUGGGCAGUUUUUCUAUUCCUGAAAAGUCACUUGAAAUGAAAUUGUUGUUUUGUUUGAAGUAACAAGUUAAAAAUGAAUGCUCGCUUAGCAUUGAAUGAGCAUGCAGGCGAUUUAUUCAUUCAUGCCAACAUAUUUUGAAAUGAUAGGUGAAGUUAAUUGUCAUGAUUUAUUUGUGGACGAUUAAACGAUGGAACUUCUGUUUUAUUUUUUCACAACUAGACCCAGGUGCUGAGAUUAUAGUUGAGACUUUUAUUACAGAACGUUAGAGUUGUUGAAUGAAGCAGUGAAAAACUUAGGUGCACUUACAAACAAAGUUGAGACAGAGGACUUGUAUGCAACAGUUGUAGAAAAAAUAAAAACGUGAAAUGUGGGAUUAAAACUUUUGUCAGACUU